CUCACCGCCAAAAUUGAAACAACAACGAGUCUCCAUCAGCUGCAGCUGUACCCGCAGUGCUCUCCUUCAUUUUUGGCCUGUUUUAGGUGCAAAUACUAAAUCUCUAAAGAUGCCUUCCAUACCGAAGAGACCCUGCCCCGACGCCAUGAAUGACUCCAUGGAGAAAAGAAUAAAGCGCAUUUCUAUCGAAGGAAACAUUGCGGCGGGGAAGUCUACUUUUGUGCGCCUUUUGGAGCAGGAGAGCAAUGACUGGGAGGUAGUACCAGAACCGAUCGCUAGAUGGUGCAACGUCCAAACAUCAACCAGCGACUUUGAGGAGCUGACCACCUCUCAGAGGAGCGGCGGAAACGUGUUGAAGAUGAUGUAUGAAAAGCCGGAGAGGUGGGCAUACACCUUCCAGAGCUACGCCUGCAUCAGCAGGGUGCGUGCCCAGGCCAGAUCAGCCAACGGCAAGCUCCGAGAGGCCGAGAACCCUGUGUUGUUCUUUGAACGAUCCAUCUACAGUGACAGGUACAUAUUUGCAGGCAACCUAUAUGAGAGCGAAUGCAUGAAUGAGACGGAAUGGUCCAUCUAUCAGGACUUGCAUGGCUGGCUGCACAACCAGUUUGGCAAGCACAUCGAGCUCGAUGGCAUCAUUUACCUCAGAGCUUCUCCAGAGAGAUGCUUGGAGCGACUGCACACUAGAGGAAGAGAGGAGGAACAGGAAAUCCCCCUGGAAUACCUGGAGAAGCUCCACUUCAAGCAUGAGAGCUGGUUGCAGAAUAAGACUAUGAGCAUGGAGUUUGAGUACCUCAAUGAUGUGCCUGUACUGACCUUGGAUGUAAACGAUGAUUUUAAGCAGAACGAUUCCAAGAGUGGCGACAUGAUUGAGAAGGUGAAGGAGUUCUUGAGCACGUUGUGAUGGAAUAAUGUUAAUUCUGCCAAGAGGAAAGCAAUUCGUGGAAGAUUAAGAACAAUGAAAUACCCCAACAUGAUCACUUCUUUUUUUUUUUUUUUUAUCAGUUUUCUAAUGAUCUGACAAUUUGCACUGGUUUUACUGUUGCUUUGCUGUUUUUACUUUAUUUAUGAAAUUAUAUGCAUGGUUGUCAACCUUUUUAAUAAAAGCUUUA